GGAGUACUUUUGGAUGUUGCUGCUGUUGAUCAUAGAACACUAUCAAGAUGGUGGGAUCAUUUUCACGUGCAUUCGGCGGAUGCCGGUCCAAUUUCACGAGAUUUAGAACCUCACAAGCAAAGUUUUCAUUCAAUGGCUCCAGAAAUGGCUCUCAUAAAAAGUUUCAUACAGAAACUGGGAAACCAAGAGUGUUUCAUAAUGUCUUCAACCAACAGAAGAAAACAGUUUUUGACCAUGUUCGCAUCACAGCGUUUCCACCGUACAAUUCUGCUGUCUGUGCUUUGCUAGUUGCAAAAUUGGAGUUGGGUGGGGCACGUCUGAACUCAUCAUCAGUUUCAAGCGGAGGAGGAGUCAGUACCGAUGUUGGAUCUGCUGGUGAAGCAAGUGAAAGUGCUUUAGACCCGCUAACGUCAUCUGCGACUCUAGAUGAGGUAUUACCAACAGGCAUGCAGCAAAUACCAGAACUUCUUAGUCCUGAAACAUUAGCAAGUGCAGCACAGACUACACAAGACAUAAUUGCUGCAGCAGAACCUUCAUUGUCAAGUUUAGGCCUAUGUGCAUACACCCCAGUAGGACUCCUUCAGUCAAUCCUAGAGGUUCUUCAUGUUAACCUAGGAAUGCCAUGGUGGGGCUCUAUCGCAAUAUGUACUGUUGUAUUUCGAACCCUCAUGUUGCCGCUGUUAUUGAAAGGGCAAGUAAAUACAGCUCGGUUGAAUAAGGUUAAACCAGAGCUUGAUGUUAUCCAGGCUGAGAUGCGUGAGUUGGCUAACACCCAAGAUACAAUGAAAAAGUCAUUGGCUGCUAUGAAAAUGCAAAAACUGCUGAAGGACAACAACUGUCACCCUUUGAAGGGACUGAUUGCUCCUCUUGUUCAACUUCCCUUGUUCCUGUCUUUCUUCAUUGCAUUGCGGAAGAUGGCUCAGCUCCCCGUAGAGUCUAUGAGCACCGGAGGCUUGUUAUGGUUCACCAACCUUACUGCUUAUGACCCCUACUUUGUCCUACCAAUUUUGACAUCAGCUACAAUGUUAUUGACAAUUGAGCUUGGUACUGAAAUGGGCAUUUCUUCCGAGCAAAUGCAGAAGACAAAAUAUUUGAUGAGAUUUAUGGCCUUCAUGCUGAUUCCUCUCACAGCAAAAUUCCCAGCAGCUGUUUUUAUUUAUUGGAUGACGUCAAAUGUCUAUUCCGUUGGUCAAAUACUCGCCCUGAGGCAUCCCACUAUCCGUAAAAUGGUUGAUCUUCCUGAUCUUGAGCCAGAAAUUGCGAAAGAGAAAACGCCUUCUGGAAGCUUUUUGGAUAAUUUCAAGGCUGGUUACAAGAAUGCACAGGCGCAAGCUUUGAUCAAGUAUCAGGAAAAAGAGAAGGAGGCUAGAUAUAAAAAACAGUUGAAAGAGUCCAGCGAAGUUACUUAUGAAUACAACCCUAGACUAAAAGAAGCUGAAAAAAUGUUUAAAGGCGGUAAAAACUCAUAGGGUAUGUUAUGUUUUAGAAUCAAUAGAUAUGUUUCUUAUAAGAAACUGUGAACGUGAUUGAAGCAGUUUACAUGCCAGUUUAGCAUGUCUUAGGCUACAUUUGCUUUGAAUUUGGUGCUUCGUAAUACUGUGAGGUACCCAUGCGUUAAGGAAAUAAAAUUCACAGCAGCCUAAGCUGACAAUGUCGUAUAGAAUUAGUGCAUUUUCUGUUGGCUUGAAGUCAUUCAAUUGGAUACUUUUAAACAGCCUCACUUUCCACUUCCCUUUGACUUUUCAUGGUCAUUUUCUUGGUAAGAAAUAGCUUACUAGAGUCAUAUCUUUCUAGAAUGUAGAAUUUGCUUUAUCGUUUCCCAUAGCCAGAGGAAUUCAGGGAUGACCCAAAACAUGUCCCUGUGCAAAAUUAUCUGUAAUUGUUGUAUUCACGGAGUUUUACACUAAUUGUCACCAUCUGUACCAACAUUUUGCUUUCAGCGAGUAUUAGACUCUAUAAUCGACUCUCCCAGCCACAUUUUAAACCUCCAAAACCACUCUUUAACUUUAUUUAAAUUCUUUUUCAUGUCAUUUUUUGCCACAAGCCUCUUCAAAGCAAAAAAUGUUUCAUGAAAGUACCUUAAUCUCAUUAUGAAAGUCGAAGAAAUUUUUCUUGUGCGUGAUAUGUUUUGGUGUGUUUUGGUAUGUUUUUCAAAUGUAUGUUUCAAAUAAAAAGGUUUUAGCUUUACUUGUUAUGUUUAAUUAUAACUGAAUGAUGUUUCGUUUAAAGAAUUAUUCAACAGACAAAAA